AUGUUCACAGAUGACCGGGUCCAAGCGGUACUUUCAAUGAACGAGACGGACUUGUACUAUCAAGUUGUCCUGAACUAUCUUCGACAGACAGCAAAUACUGCUAUCGCAACCCCCCUGUCGCUAUCUGCAUCAACCUCCUGGUCUAGCACCAUUCGGAUGAAUGUCGGCGCCGUGGCAGGCAUGUACCGGUUGACCAAUAACGAUGCCUAUUCCGAUUGGGUUAUUGAGACCCUUUUGCAAAUAGCGAGUCUCUCCGACUGGGAUCCAUCGAAUUUCUUGAAUACCGCAGAUAUCACUAUGACAGUCUCUCUUGGUUACGACUGGGUAUAUGAUCAAUUGACCGAGACCCAGCGUGAGUCUAUUGAGACAGCGAUAGCUGAGAAGGCUUUUAUACCAGCUCUCGAUUCCUCGAUCAACUCGUGGAGUGAGCACACCAACAACUGGGCACAGGUGACGCAUGGUUGCUUGAUUAUUGGAACUCUUGCUAUAGGAGAUGUCAACACAACACUUGCAGAUCAAAUCAUAGAUUUCUCCCUUCCGAAAUUAAACACAUCCCUACAACAGUAUGCUCCAGAUGGGGGCUGGAUUGAAGGCUACUCAUAUGGAACAUAUGCAGGCAUAUUCCUAGGCCUGAUGAUGGGCUCGCUCGACAGCGCACUCGGAAAUGAUCUUGGCAUCGCAAACCUUCCAGGAAUGAGCAAGCUGGGCGCAUGGUUGACACAUGGGUUUGGACAAACAGGAGGAUUCAGCUGGGCCGACGGCGCAUGGACAUUUUCGAAUGCAAACAGUCUCUGGAGCAUCGGAUACUGGGCGACACGUUUUAACCAAGCUGGAUGGUUGCAGGGAAUGCUGUCGAGAUUCACAGCUGUUCAAGCAGCAACCUUCCAAGCAUACCUUUUCUAUAACUCAACACUGAAUUCCACCAAUUUAUUGCCAACCACGCCUCGUUAUAAUCAGUUCGAGGGUAUUGCGGGAAUGACUUACCGCACCUCGUGGGCCAACUCCGAUGGCUGGUUCUACGGGUUCAUGGGCGGGUUCAAUGGACGCUCCCAUGGUCAUUUGGAUGCAGGCUCUUUUGUCGUGGACUACAAGGGCUACCGAUGGGCAGAGCUUUUGGGAUCAGAUAGUUAUAGUCUCGGCAGCUAUUUCGCGGCGCCAAAACGCUGGACAUAUUACCGUUGUCGCUCCGAGGGUGCGAACACCUUGAGCAUUUCCGACAAGGCUCAGACUGCACUGCAUUUCGCAAACCAGAUUCCUUCCGCAAAUAACUCUCUGCUUUGGGCUGGUAGUUUUGAUUCAUCUAGUCGUUUUGGCAUCGCAAACCUCACGCAGGCAUAUUCCAAUGUCACAACAAGUGUUCUCCGCGGAGUGGCGGUUCUCAAGGACUCGCAGCUUCUAGUUCGAGAUGAGAUCAUUGCGCCCGAUGCAGUGGACAUUGCUGCUAGCUGGCAUACGACGGCAGAUAUAACUCUAGGCACGGACAAUCGAACCGCAACUUUAACCCAGGGUGAUGUUACGAUGCAGCUCACGAUAUUACAGCCAUCAAAUGCGUAUCUCGAACUUGUCGACACAAAUCCCUGUAAUGCAUAUAGUGGGUGUUCCGAAAUGACCAAUAGCGGGAUAUACAAUAUUGCUGUUCGUCUGUCGGAGCUGACCACAGAAGCUACUAUUCUCCUGGCCCUGGCAGAGAGCGGUACCACUCUUGAGAAUUUCGAUACGUCGCUCAAGUCUUGGUAUCCCUUGUGCACCGUGGAUUGCUGGAAGGGAGAAAAUGUGGAUGAUCCGUAUUGGCUUGAGAAUUCAGAAAUAUAUUACUAG